CCGCUCUACCCCUCACUCGCUGGUACUUGGCUGCUGGAGCGACGGGAUGCUCUGUUCCUUUCUUCACCCGUUUCGUCUCGGAAGUUCACUCGGCGCCGGGCGGAAGCUAUGGCGACGAUCGCGGCCCUCUCCUUCGACAAGGAAGCCCUAGCUCCCUCUUGUCGACCGCUCCCAUCGAGGUGGCUCGUCGUCCUUCUCUUUUGCUGUGUUGGAGUCCUCCACGGUGACGCUGAGGAGGACGCCAGCGGCUUCGGUGGCCCCAACACAGUCAUCAUCUCGAGCGUGUACUAUCCGCAGAUGCAGCUCAAGCCCUUCCAAUGGAACUACAUCAGAGUUGAGCUACCAGCUUGGUUUUCUUCAAUAUCCUUGGGUCUGGAGACGAAUUUACAUAUAGACAUAGAAGAACUAAGAGGGCUCCCAAUGAGUAAAUUGCCUUUGAUAUGCUAUCAAAAUGGUAGACCUCCACUUCCAGAUGCACCAUCAUCAGAUUUGAACCCAGGAGCUCUGGAUUUGUUCCAUGAGGAAGCUAUUGUGAAUGGUUUGAACAAAUCAGGCAUGGAGCAUUGUUUCUUUUUUCAGAGAGAUAUGGUGGUCACCUUAACAAAUGAACAGGUAUUUCCAGGUGCCCUCUAUCUUGGAUUUUUCAAUGGAGUUGGUCCGAUGAGGACCCAGUCAAAGAUGAUUAUAAGAGGUCUAACAUAUACAUUUGCUGCUAAUGUCACCAUAUUAGGGUGCAUAAGCCCAUUGCUAGGGGGUCCAUACUGCAAUCAAACGCUUGACAUGAUCUCCUGUGCCUUAUCAGAUAAGACCAAUCAAAGAAAUCUCCUAGAUUUGGAUCCAAGGGAAGCAGCUUACUUAAACACCAAUGGGGCAGAGUCUGAUAUCUAUUUACUAGGCAACAGUUGUUUGUCGUCCAAGGGAAAUUUGUGUGAAAGCAGGACAGAUGUUUCUUCUCACUGGGAAGGACUAUCAAUAUCUCGAAUGUCAAAAAAUGUGGAGAAUGUUACUGUUUGCAAAAACUCAAAGCAAUUGGAAUGCCUUAGAAUUGGUGAUGUAAAAAUGUACUCAUUGGAUGUAACAAGUAUGGCAUUCCAGGUGGAUCUUUCUGUUCAGGAUGUAAAGAACAAGCCAAACAUCAGCACUGGUAGUUCAGUGAAAGAUGAUAGUGUACAAUUAAUAUGUCUGGCUAGGCACAACGCAAUACCAUCGAGGACAUUGUAUGAUUAUAGUGCUGAUCUAAGUUUGUCUCCACUAACUAUACCGUUUCCUAAAAUUGGCAAGUGGUUCAUAUCGAUUUAUGUUCUUAACCCGACAAGUUUAAACACCGAGCAGAAUGUUAAUGCAAGUUCUUCAAUUUGCUUUUCCUUCAAGUGGCAAAUAUAUGCUUGUGCUACAGCAAAAGGCGGAGAAGACUGCCAAUGGGAAAGUCAUAUGCUUCAGAGAGUGGUUAAGAGAGGCACAGUGCCUUUUGAGUCUUAUUAUGUGCCAAAUGAUCAAUUUCCUUCAACAAUGCCUGCCAAGUUUCCAUUGGAACCUUUGCUGAGCAACUCGUCAUCCGUACAAAAUUGGACCUCUUCCUGGACAUACUUUCUUGUGGAUGUCCCUUAUGGUGCAGCUGGGGGCAAUAUACAUGUCCAUAUAAAAUCAGAUUCUGAAAUAAGAUAUGAAAUAUAUGCAAGGUUAGGUGGACUACCAUCUAUUGAUUUGUGGGACUAUCUCAAUAAUGGGUCAAGCUAUAGCAAAGACAGCAUGUUUCUGGCAUCACAGGGCUCAUCAUUGGAAGAAAAAGGAAAUUUUUAUGUUCUCUAUGCUACAGAAGGUACUUGGUGUUUUGGAUUAAGAGAUGUAACUGGCGGUCAACUCCAGCAGCAGAUAACCAUGUCUGUAACACUCGAAGGCUGUCCCAAUGGAUGUUACAAUCAUGGAACUUGCCAUUCUGCUGUAGACGAAAGUGGGCUGUCUAUAUACAGUUAUUGUGCCUGUGAUCGUAAUCAUGGAGGCCUUGAUUGCUCUUUCGAACUGAUAUCUCCUAGGGGAGCUCAAUCUGAGGGACAGUGGCUCAGGUGCAGCCAAUCAUGUCAUAUUGAACAAGAGCACAUAUGGCAAUCGAUUUGUCUAAUUGUAUCAAAUGGGGCUGCUCUGCUUCCUGCAUUUUGGUCAAUCCACCAGAAGGCAAUUGCUGAAUGGAUUCUGUUCACUUCAAGUGGCAUAUCUAGUGCAUUAUACCAUUCUUGUGAUGUAGGUACCUGGUGUUCUCUCCCCUAUCAUGUUCUACAGUUCUUAGACUUCUGGCUUUCAUUCAUGGCGGUUGUCAGUACUUUUAUUUACAUGGCUGCAAUAGAUAAUGCCUCAAAAAGGGCAAUGCAGAUGGGCGUUUCGAUUCUCACAGCUCUUCUGGCUGAAAAUGGACCUACUAGGACAGUUAAUGUGGUAAUUGUACUGGGAAUUGGUAUUCUCGGUCUUCUUGUUGGAUGGAUGAUAGAGAUGUCCCCAAGAUGCACAGCGAUCCAUUUCUUCAGACUAUGCCAUUUGAAUUUACUUGUCAGGUGGGGCAACCUAAAGCAAUGGGUAUUUGGCAUGAUUGGAACACUAAGACGUCGAUUUCGAUGGCGUUUUCUGUUUACAGGAUUUUUUCUGUUGUCCAUGGCAGCAGUGUGCUGGAACUUAGAGACCAGUCAAAGCUACUGGAUCUUUCAUAGCCUGUGGCACAUCAGCAUUUAUAGCUCGUCCUUUUUCUUCCUUUGCUCAACUGUAAAUAAUACUACCAGCAGUGAGGAAAACCAAGAGCGUGAUUAUGAAUUAGUCAGGCAAAACUCUACUGGGGCAAGAGUUGAAAGUAGGGGGACAUAGACCUGAAGCGUUUGUCUGUAGAAAAAUUCUCAUGCUGCGCUGCACCCCCCAAUUUCCCUCUAUUUAUGUCUGCAUUCAGGAUCUGCACGCGGUUAGUUUUGUGUGUAUAUUGUCCAUUUCAUUGUUAAUCACAGGGGACUAGUGGAAGAGGAGACGGAGAGCAUCAUUGUAUAGGACAGUAAUGGCUUGAUUGAACAAGCGAUUAACAAAAUGUACUACUACCAUAUGGAAAUACUAAUAAAAUAUCCAAGGACAUCUCUCUCUC